GACUAAUACUUUAGAUCAAAUAGUUUCUUUUGGUGGAAGGCGGAAUUUGAAUAGGACUAGGUAGAUGGAGGAGACUAGAAAAGGUAAAAGAGAUGGAAUAUUUCGGUAUGCAGAAGGGUAUGACAAGUUUUUGAUGUUUUUCGGGAUGUUGGGAAGCAUUGGAGAUGGUUUGCAGAUUCCGUUAAUGAUGUAUGUUCUUAGUGAGGUCAUUAACGAUUAUGGAAAUCCUGAUAUCACCAUUACUAAUUCUAUUGUUGAUAAGUAUUCUCUAAGGUUGCUCUAUGUUGCAAUUUUAGUUGGAUUAUCUGCUUUUGUUGAAGGACUUUGUUGGGCUAGAACAGCAGAGCGACAGACUUCUCGAAUGAGAUUAGAGUACCUGAAAUCUGUCCUUAAACAAGAUGUCGGGUUCUUUGACACCCAAGAAGCGGGCUCCUCCACAACGUACCAAGUUGUUUCAACUAUCUCUGCUGACUCCAAUACAAUUCAAAUAACCAUUGGCGAAAAGAUACCGAAUUGCCUUGCCUACAUGUCAUCUUUCUUCUUCUGCCACAUAUUCGCAUUCUCUCUCUCAUGGCGACUUACAUUGGCGGCUAUUCCAUUCUCUGUCGUGUUCUUAGUUCCAGCUCUUGGAUUUGGUAAACACAUGAUGGAUGUAGCAAUGGCAAUGGUUGCAUCAUAUGGUGCCGCUGGUAGUAUUGCUGAACAAGCCAUAUCUUCCAUAAGAACUGUAUAUUCAUAUGUUGGAGAGAGUCAAACUCUGGAUAAAUUCAGUAAGGCCCUUCAAACAACCAUGGAGUUAGGAAUAAAGCAAGGUUUGGCAAGAGGACUAAUGCUCGGAAGCAUGGGAACGAUCUAUGUUAGCUGGGCGUUUCAGGCUUGGGUUGGGUCACUUCUUGUCUCUAACCAUGGCGAAAAGGGUGGUGAUGUUUUUGUGGCUGGAUUCAAUGUGCUAAUGGGAGGAUUAAAUAUUUUGACAACACUUCCAAAUCUUACCGCCAUAACUGAAUCACAAGGGGCUGCAACUCGAAUCAAUGAAAUGAUCAACAGAAAGCCCUGUAUAGAUACAGAAGAUAAGAAGGGAAAGGCAUUGUCAUACGUAAGAGGUGAAAUUGAGUUCAAAGGAAUUUAUUUUAGUUACCCAUCAAGGCCAGAUACUACAAUUCUACAAGGUUUAAAUCUUCGAGUACCAGCUGGAAAAACCGUGGGUCUAGUUGGAGGAAGUGGUUCAGGCAAAUCAACUAUUAUUUCGUUAAUCCAGCGUUUUUAUGAUCCUAUAGAAGGUGAAAUUUUCUUGGAUGGGCACAAGAUAAAGAAACUUCAUCUCAAAUGGUUGAGAUCCCAAAUGGGGUUGGUUAAUCAAGAACCGAUUCUCUUUGCAACGUCUAUUCAAGAGAACAUAUUGUUUGGAAAAGAAGCGGCAUCCAUGGAUGAUGUUGUAGCGGCAGCCAAGGCUGCAAAUGCUCAUGACUUUAUAGUUAAGUUGCCAGAUGGGUAUGAAACUAAUGUUGGGCAAUUUGGAUUUCAGCUUUCAGGCGGUCAAAAACAGCGAAUUGCAAUUGCUCGUGCUCUAAUAAGAGAUCCCAAAAUUUUACUACUUGAUGAAGCUACAAGUGCAUUGGACACACUAUCUGAAAGAAUUGUGCAAGAGGCUAUAGAUAAUGCUUCUGUCGGGAGGACUACUAUAGUAAUUGCACAUCGUCUUUCAACAAUUAGGAUGGCUAAUUUGAUUUACGUGCUCCAGUCAGGGAAAGUAGUUGAAUCAGGUUCACAUGAUGAGCUAAUGAAGAUAAAUGGUGGACGUGGCGGUGGGGACUACUUCAAAAUGGUGCAAUUACAGCAAUCCGCACCACAAAAUGAGGUCAUCCAGAGAUCAAGCAAUACCCCUGGUCGUCGUAGAGGCAUGGUUGCACCAAGUCCAGUAAGUGCAAGAUCAAGUGCACCGGGCACCCCAUCACUUAACCCAUUCAGCCCUGCAUUGUCUAUCAGUGCUCCUUAUUCGGUUCAAUUUGAUGCCUCGUAUGACAGUGAAGAUGAGGAUGAUCUUAGGCAACUGUCUCACCCUGCCCCUUCCCAGUUUAGAUUAUUGAAAAUGAAUGCACCCGAAUGGGGAAAAGGCUUAUCUGGAUGCAUAGGAGCUAUAGGUUCAGGUGCAGUCCAGCCCAUCAAUGCCUACUGCGUAGGUGGUUUGAUUAAUGUUUACUUUCGGACGGACAAAUCUUCCAUUGUAAGUCACGCCAGAGUCUACUCAUUCGUGUUCUUAGGACUUGGAGUUUUCAACUUCUUCACAAGUGUUAUCCAACACUAUUACUUUGCAGUGAUGGGUGAAAAACUAACCACAAGAAUAAGAGAAAAGCUACUUGAAAAGUUAUUGACGUUCGAGAUUGGAUGGUAUGAUCAAGAUGAGAACACGAGUGCAGCUAUAUGUGCACGUUUGUCAACUGAAGCAAACAUGGUUCGUUCGCUUGUUGGGGACCGCUUAUCCUUACUAACUCAAGCGUUUUUCGGGGCCUUGUUUGCUUACACUCUAGGGUUGGUACUCUCAUGGAGGCUGGCACUAGUGUUGAUGGCUGCACAACCUCUACUCAUUGGUAGCUUCUAUGCUAGAAGUGUUCUAAUGAAAAGUUUAUCCGAAAAAUCUCAAAAAGCCCAGAAAGAAGGAAGUCAAUUAGCAAGUGAAGCUGUGAUCAAUCAUAGAACAAUAACGGCAUUUUCUUCUCAAAAACGAAUAGUUAGUCUCUUUAAAGAAACCCUAGAAGGCCCACGAAAGGAAAGUAUCAGACAAUCGUAUUUCUCAGGUAUCGGGCUGUGUAGCUCACAGUUUCUGGCUGCAGCUUCAACGGCCUUAGCGUAUUGGUACGGUGGUAGGCUAUUGACAAAAGAGCUGAUUGAUCCAGAGAAGCUUUUCCAAGCAUUUUUGGUGUUACUAUUCACAGCAUACACAAUAGCUGAUGCAGGAAGCAUGACCAAAGAUAUCUCAAGAGGAAGCAACGCGGUAGGGUCAGUCUUUGCCAUUCUUGACAAGAAGACAGAAAUUGACCCUGAUACUUCGUGGGGUCAUGAUUCCAUCAAAGGCAACAUUCGUGGUCGUGUAGAGCUAAAAGAUGUGUUCUUUGCUUAUCCGUCAAGACCAGAUCAAAUGGUCUUCAAAGGAUUAAACCUUAAGAUAAGACAAGGAACUUCAAUGGCAAUUGUUGGUCCAAGUGGUUCGGGUAAAUCUACCAUCAUAGGGUUGAUCGAAAGGUUUUAUGACCCAUUGAAAGGCGCUGUUUUUAUUGAUGAACGAGAUGUAAAGGAAUAUAACCUACGAGCUUUGAGGUCACAUAUCGCAUUAGUUAGUCAAGAACCAACACUUUUUGCAGGCAGCAUUUAUGAAAACAUUGCUUAUGGAAAACCCAAUGCUAAAGAAUCCGAGAUCAGGAAGGCUGCAAUGCUUGCUAAUGCUCAUGAGUUCAUUAGUGGAAUGAAAGAUGGAUAUGAGACAUACUGUGGAGAAAGAGGUGUGCAGCUAUCUGGUGGUCAGAAACAGAGAAUAGCGAUAGCUCGUGCAAUGCUGAAGAACCCGAGUAUCUUACUAUUGGAUGAGGCAACCAGUGCUCUUGAUACAGUUUCAGAAAGCCUGGUUCAAGAAGCAUUGGAGAAGAUGAUGAAUGGAAGGACAUGUAUCGUGGUGGCUCACCGUCUUUCCACCAUACAAAAGUCUGACUCUAUUGCAGUGAUUCAAGAUGGUAAGGUGGCAGAGCAAGGGUCACAUUCUGACCUGCUGUCAGUACGUGGGGGAGCAUACUCUAAUCUUGUCAAAAUGCAAGGUGGAAACUUGUCUUACCGGUGAUUAAAUACGGUGGUUUAGUGUGUAUUGGUACAUCACUGCACCGUGGUUUUGUAGAUUAAUGUAAGAUGUUACAUAUAUGUCUUUUUCUAUUAUGUAAAAUAUGUAAUUGUAUUGAAAUUACAGUAUAGUUUGAGUUGAAAUUA